ACAUGCUCCCAUGUUAGUUUUCCAACAAAAUAAUUGAUGAUACUUAUAUUUGAUGUGUGAUACCUAAUUCAACUAGAGAAACAUAGCUUCAGAAUGGCAGCAGCUCGCGAACGUCGCUCGAAUGCAGGUAACCGCAUUGCUAAACUCCUGGACGAAGAAGAGGACGAAUUUUACAAAACAUCGUAUGGAGGAUUUAGUGAAACUGCCGAUGAUCGUGAUUAUAUUCAGAGAAACGACGAUGAGGAGGAUAUCAUCGAUUCAGACUUCAGUAUAGAUGAAAAUGACGAGCCGGUUUCGGAUCAGGAGGAGGAAGCGCCUAAACGGAGGAAAAAAGUUGUCACAAAAGCGUACAAAGAACCGGUCAAGAAGAAAACUCCCGUCAAAGCUACCAAGGAAGCGAAGCACAAACCCGAGCGGCAAAAAUCACCCAAAAAGAAAGACAAAUGUACCUUUACGGUGUUGGACUCGGGUCGAAAGUCGUUCCGUAAAUCCACUGCAGCUAAGACCGCUGCCACUCAGAGUCGCAUGAAGCAGCGGGUUGAAGCGGAGAAACGUAAGCCGAAGGUUGUUAAAGUGGAAGAAUACAUACCUACGCAAGAGGAAUUGUUAGAGGAAACGGAGAUUACCGAGAAGGAAAAUCUAAAGUCACUCGAAACAUUUCGCAAAAUGGAGCUGGAGAAGAAGAAAACUCGACCCACAAAACGAGUUUUCACGGGUCCUAUAGUAAAAUACCAAUCGUUUACCAUGCCAUUGGUUGAGGAAGUUUCUCCUAACAAGAGUGCUUCAUCGGAAUCUCCGACCAAAAUGGAAGUCGAUGAUUUGGAGGAAACUAAAGAGAAAAGUAUUAAAGAAAAACAGCGCAAAGGUAAAAGGACGUCAUCCAAAGUAGAAGUCAGGGGACGAUGCGAACGUACCUUUAUUACGUUUGACAAUGACAUAGACGAUACCCUGUUUAGUAGCUACUUUCCCAAACCAUUGAAGCGGGAAAGACGUAGCCAGAUUUGCGCCAUAACUCGUCUUCCAGCGCGAUAUUUUGAUCCGGUUACUCAGCUGCCCUACCGGAACCUGCAGGCAUUUAAAAUUCUGCGUGAGGCAUACUACCAACAGUUGGAGGAUAGGGGUAAUCCGGAGAAUCUGGAUGUCAGUAAGUGGCUCGAUUGGCGUAAAAAGAUCAAGGAAUUUCGCCUGAAGAGUUUGAACAAAAAUAGCUCACUCCUCGGUAUGAUCUCUUCCACGGGAAAUACAUAAAUUUAGGAUACGCGAUUAAAAAUGUUGAUAGUCUUUUUUUGAAUAGGAUCGAAUGAAAUUUAUGUCAUCGUAAGUACCUACCUAGGUAAUUAUAAAUUGUAGUUUAACUUCAAACACCUAUAUUUUUUUUUCAAAAGGGCUUGCGUACACAUAAAAGCAUGACCUAUAAUUAUCUUCUUUUGGUUAGAACAUUCACACAAGAACAAAUACUGGUACAUACAAGUUUUAUUAUUUCUCACUAUUGUGCAUAACAUAUUCAACGUCAACAGUUAUUCUUCUGCUCUAUCACAUUAAAAUCAGACUAUCAUGAUGUUAUGCUAGGGAUUAUUAUUGUGUAUCAUUCCAGUGUAUCAUUUUGUAUUUCAUACAGUUACCUCCUGCAGUUGCCUGUGCAGUUUUAAUGUGAGUGUCCCUAUAGACAGGUUGCUUGGUGCAUUGUUUUAGUGUUGCCAAUAUGUGCCAAUAUCAAUACUGUUUUUAGUUUUAUCACCAUUCAUUCCUAAAUUGGAUUAGGUAUCUAAAUAUAUGUUCACGGCCCAUGAGAGUAGCUCAAAAUUUAUUUGAAAUUGUCUCAAAAUUACGAAAAGUGGGUUUAACCUAGAGAAUGAGUAAAAUUUUCAUUGUUUUCCAAGAAAAGCUUCUUGAAUCUGCGGAAAAUCCAAAUAUAUUUUACCCAGUCUAUUAAUCUACUCCUAGACUGACUAAAAAAUUUGUUGAUUUUCCUUAUUCAAGUGGUUUUUCCCGGUAAAGUGAGGGAAGUUACUCACUUACUAAACGGCCACUGAGAAUAACUAAGAGACAAAAUUUCGUUUAUUCAAUUGUAUGAUAAAUAAAAAAAACUAUGUGCUCAGCGCAGAAUUUUUUCCAUAACUCUGAGUAGAACUGACUCUCUCUCUUUCUAGAGUUAUUCUCAGUGGCCGUGUGGAAAUACCCACUUUUUGCAAAUUUGUGUUCGUGUAGCAAAUACAGCAAAUGAAUCUAACUCAUAUUUGAGUCCCGUUUACUCAAAUUCGCAAAAGCGUAUAUACGAGGUCACUCAUAGAAUGAGUAAUUUUUUACUCACAUAUGAGUAAAUCAGGGCUAUUCUGCGCGGCGUGUGAGAUGAAGUGACAAUUGAUUUGCACGGAGAGUCACCUCACCCGAGGUGACAAUUGUCACUUCACAAGUGAGAGCGUGUCACCUCACCUCACACGCCGCGCAGAAUAGGCCUGAAUGUCACAUACAUAUAUGAGUGACAUUUUGAGGAGAUUUAUUUGCCGUACAGAUUAAAUCAAAAGGCUGCUAAAGAAGUUACACAGUCGAUGAAAACGAACCAAAACUUAUUGAAAAAUUCAAACUUUUUUUUUUUGGAAUAAAGUGGUGCUUCAUUACGAGCUUUUAAUUUUAUUCAAAAAGGAGUGAAAAAUAAAACAAAAAUGAUUAAAAUUUAACAUCUAAUGAGGAACAGCAUAUUCUCAAAAAUGGUUAGUAUUUCAUAAUGUUUGGGUGUUUUAAACGGCCAUAUAUUUGAAACGCUUUCAGCCAAUACCUUUUUCCUUAUCAGUACGCAACCAAGCACUUCAUAACGCUGUGUUACGAUACGUUAUGUUUAGUUUGUUCCUCAAAUAAAAUUGGGUUCUACUUUGUCGAUGAGUCGGUAAAGUAGGAAUAUUGGAAGGAUUUCUUAUAGGAUUUUCUCAUAUUUCAUGUUUAGGUAUGCAUGUUGGCUAAAAUUCUUAACAAUAAAUUAUAAAUAUAUAGAAUGAACUGUAAACAGUCGAUAGGCGUUUCUGAUUUCAAUCAUUAAUUGCUGGUCUUCAGUACUUAACAAGUUAUAUUGUUACAAAAUGAUCAAACUGCCCAUGUCAUGUUAAUGUUAAACAACAAAAAAGGAAAACAGGAGAUUUUUUGUAAACGCUCAAUCUAUACCUUAAAAGAAUAACUAUUUUAAAGGCUGGAGCAUUAAAAUUAAAUCAAUAGCAUGAAAAUGAGGACGGGGUCCGCUCUGAAUGAUAAUUAAAAUUCACUACUGCAGUCAACUCUUCACAACUCGAUAUCGAGCUUUAGAACCAUAGUAAACAUUAAUUUCAUGGCUACUGUGAUAGCGAUUUUCUAUGGGAUUGUUAAUAAAUAAAC